AUUGGACUGUUAGUUCUUCCUUGCUAUUGGAGAUUUUUGACAGUCUACGAUGCAGAGCAGUAUUUAAACAACAGAUUGCCGAAACAGAAAGAGGGGAUUUUUUCAUGCAGAUGUUAUAAAUUUUGGAUAAUACACAGACACAGGCACAUACAGUAAGAGUGAAGAAUGUAGAUACGCUGGUGGUUCCAUGAGGUUUACAGGAUGGAGUGCUCUUGGAAAACAGUUGUGCUCUUAGUAUGUGCAUCCCUUGGGAUCCAGUAUACCGCAAUCCGGUCCUUAAGAGAUACGUUCAGCUCUCCAUGUCAAGAUGGAGAUCACUGCCAGCAUAGGGAGCCUAAAGAGUACCGAUGGAGGUCCCCUUGUUAUGAAGGACAUCAGUCGCCUGGGCCAUUUCACUCUCAUGCCAGGAAGCACAUCAUCCUUUUUGCUACCACCAGGAGUGGUUCCUCUUUCACGGGUCAGCUCUUUAACCAACAUCCAGAUAUAUUUUAUUUAUUUGAGCCCCUCUACCAUGUCCAGCAGGCAUUCACCAAUUCAAGUGCCAGGCUCCGUAAAAUCCUUGACCGCCGUGCCCUACUCGGGGCCUGCAGAGACCUGCUCCACAACUUGUACAAUUGUGACUUUCACUUCCUGGAGAACUACAUCAAGCCAGAGCCCAGGGACCAUGCUACAGGUUCAUUUUUUAGGAGGGGAUCCAGCAGUGCCUUAUGUUCUCCUCCAGUCUGUGAGGACAGUCCUGACACACAGGAGCCAGAUGAGAUCUGGUGCUCUAAAAAGUGCCGGUCGCUCAAUCUUACGUUGGCGGGCAGGGCAUGUCAGGACCGAGGCCACAUGGCUAUCAAAACAGUCAGGAUCCCUGAAAUAAAGGACCUGAAGAUCCUCUCAGAAGACCCCAGACUUAACCUGAAAAUUGUUCACUUGGUCCGUGAUCCUCGAGGGAUCCUAGCCUCAAGAAUGACAGCUUUCAUGGACCAGUUCCGGGCCUGGAAAAUCUGGAACGCCACUGGCAGGAAACCACAUUACGUGGAUCUCUCCCAGAUCACCAGGACCUGCAAAGAUCUGUCAGAUUCAGCCGAGACUGGGUUUAGAAAGCCUACCUGGCUGAAAGGAAGGUACAUGCUGGUUCGUUAUGAGGACUUAGCCAAAGAGCCUGUGGAGAAAGCCAAAGAGAUUUACAAGUUCAUAGGCUUGGACAUGGAUGAUAAGAUCCACACGUGGAUACUGCACAACACCAAUGCAAGCAACGCUCCAGAAGGAAAUUACAAAUUUACAACCACCAGAAACUCUAAAGCAACUGCAGAAAGCUGGAGAUUAAACUUGUCUUUUGAUAUUGUUCAGACGGUCCAGAAUCUCUGCAAUACUACCUUAUCUCAGCUAGGGUACAGAAAUGUAAACUCAGUGGCUGACCUGAGGAACAUUUCAAACAGUGUGGUUGAACCAAGAACCUUCUUGCCAUUUUUAUAGAAUAAAAAAAAAAGAUCUAUAUGGUAUAGAUGAUUGUGCUUAAAGGCAUCAUACAAGAUAUUUUAUUUAUUAUCAUUUUGUAAAUGAUCUUUUCUUUGGGGGACCUGGAUGAAAUACAUAGGGACAGGGAAACAGUAAAUAUAUAUAUACAGUAGUGUGCACAUUUAUUAGAACACUCCAUUGCUUCUGAAAAUCUUGGAAGUGUAAAAUCUUAGUGCUUAUUAAUCUACUUCAUUGGUUCCAAACUGGAGGUGCUGUACAUAAUCAGAUACAUUCAUCCAUCUAUGUAUCUGUCAAGGAAUAAGGCAGGUUGCAUACCUUGCUUACAGUCUAAAUAAAUUGGUGGUAAAUACAAAAGUCCAUGGCUAGUUUCUAUAAGAAACUAAGUUACAUUCCUAAGUUUUAACAAGGAGGAAGGCUAUUUUGUGUUACUGCUGCAUUUUUUGACAGAUAUGUACCUAUUGAAGAAAACAAAAGGUAAGUUGAACAAAAUUCAAAAUCUUGCCAAAUCUAAACUGCUCCUGUAUGUUAUCCUCUUACUGUACUUACUUAUAAUGAGUUUGUUGAUUUUAGUCAGGUUGUGUCAAUUAAUGUCAUAUAUAGUACCAACUAUAUAUAUGUAGUACCAAGUUUAGAAGUCGGUGAAAAUGCAUUUCAUUAGGAAGUUUGGAUUUUUAGCAUGGCCAGCUCUCAAUUACUGAACUGUACUCUGGGGAUGACUUGCCACCUGGAAGAUAAUUCUGAAUAAUUCAUUAGUAAAACAAAAAACACUUUGGUUUGCUGCUUGACUUCAAAGACCUUGUUGGAGAGCUGGCAACAGAUUAAGUCCAUUGAAACUCAUCUUGCAAAAUGCUCCUGAGCCAGUACUUUGGCAGGCUACCUGGGAAUAGGAUUCAAGAAAGUAUGUGUGUUUUAUGCACACAGAGACACAUUUUUGGACUCUGGUUCUCUGAAACUACAGUCUUGAUGACCAAGAAUUUCUGAAGUGGACAACAGUGUGUGAAAGACCACAUAUGGAGUGUAAAUUCCCAGUAGGGGAGAGAGAGUGUUUCUGGCACAGAGUACUGUAACAUCCUGUGGCAGGCUCUAAACCAUAAUUUAAUUGUCAUGCAUGGUUUGAUGGUAGAGGUGGGAUCCUUUUGAUCAGAUUGGUCAGAGACCACAGUCUCCUCAUCUAAUUCUGUAGAAUUGUAAUUUUCCCUCAAAUAUAUACAUCCCUGCCAAUCAACAGCAUCUAUUAUAAAAGGAGGACCCACCAUAUCAUGAUGUUACUGUUGAUAGAGUACAACCAUUCAGGUAAGCCUACAUUUCUACAUAACUUGAACCUUAUCACCUUCUUGCCUGAAGGCAAUAAUGCUGCAUAUUGAGCCUUGGGAACGCAAACUCCAUAUGCCACUUUGUUGUCCUUUAACAUAAUGACUACAUAUCCUUAUUUCUAUUCACUGUUCAUGUUUUUUUUUUUUUUAAAUUGGGGUUUAGACUGGUCUGACAAGUCUUUCUUGAUAUUGCAUAAAAUACCAGAACUGGUAUGCUUGUCAGUUCAAGGUUCAUUUUCAUAAAUAGGUUUUACUGGGGCCAAGGCAGAUGCAUUUUCCAUAUCAGUGGCUGUAACAUCUUCACAUCUCCAAAAGCAAAACAAGAAUAUACUGUAUAGCCAAUAGGAGAAUUGCUCAUUAUAGAGAACGAUUCCACUUAACCUUGAUAAUGACAAAUUAACUCACUUUCACUACUACUGAAAGAAAUAUUCUGUUAAUGUUCUGUUAACAGCAGUAUCAUUAUAUAAAAUUCACCACCCCACUGUAAUGUUUCUGUGCCAAAAAUAAUAAAAAAGAGUACUCAAUUUAAUUUACACUGUACAAUGCUGAGUGGACUGAAUAAAGGUAAUGUACUGUAUUUAUGUUGAGGUAACUAUUUGUUUUGUCAUGGUUUUAUACUAUAUGUGGCUGACUGUAUCUUGGUAAAACUGAACUACUAAAAUAUUUGUAUAUAUUUUGCUAUUCAAAUAAAAUC